UGCUCAACGCCUCGCCGCUCGCAACCCGCGUGACAAACCCUAAUUUUAACCUCCCGAACUCGCCGGCAACCUCUUCGCCAUUAAAUCCCUGCAUACCUAAUUUGCCUUAUUAAUCCCACUUCCUCUCAUUCAUAUUUCCUUCCGCUCCUUCCCAAUCAAAAACCCAUGGACUCCGCCGAUCUAAAACGCAUCUUCCAAAUGUUCGAUCGCAAUGGCGAUGGCUCCAUCACGAAAAAAGAACUAAGCGACUCCCUCAGCAACCUCGGCAUCGGCAUCCCCGACUCCGAGCUCCAAUCCAUGAUCGACAAGAUCGACGCCAAUGGAGACGGCUGCAUCGACAUUGACGAGUUCGGCGCGCUUUAUCAGAGCAUUAUGGACGAGCGCGGCGACGACCAAGAUGAAGAGGAAGAUAUGCGAGAAGCAUUCAAUGUCUUCGACCAGAAUGGCGAUGGCUUCAUUACCGUCGAGGAGCUGCGAUCUGUGCUCGCGUCGCUUGGGUUAAAGCAGGGGAGAACGGUGGAGGAUUGCCGACGAAUGAUACGGAAGGUUGAUUUGGAUGGAGAUGGGAUGGUUAAUUUUAAAGAAUUUAAGCAGAUGAUGAGAGGUAGAGGGUUCGCAGCCUUGACGUGAUCGGUUUGGUUUGUUGAUUCAGUCAUUACCCUUUGGUUUCCCAUUUAAGUUUAUUGCGUUUGAAGAAGAUGACGGAGACAAAUCUUGUGAAAGAAUUCCUCACAUUCUCUUAGAGAAAUAAUUUUUUUUAUCAUUUGAUGUUCAUUAGAACUAAUGCAGUUCAUAUGAACAUUAUCUGUGACUAAAAAAGAACUUCUCAUAGAGAAAAGGAGAGAAUUUUAUGAGGAAUUUCAUCCACAAUUAGAGAUGGAGAGAUUAUUACAUGCAUUACUGCUUGUUUAUUAUUGUGUAACUUUUUUAUACACAAUAAUACACUAUCUAAGACUUAACGGGGAAAAAACAAUUGUCUAAGACAUCUGAGCUUAAAGGUGCUCAAGAAGUAAUGGAGGUCUGCAUGUUCAUAUUAUACAGACCUGCAUGAUCUUCAAGAUAAUAUAUAAUAAUU